ACGUUAGCUAGGUUCGUUAACUGCCGAGCUGUUUAGUGGUCGAAGCUGAAUAUUAAUUGCAUUUAGAAAUUUAAUAUAGCCUUUAAUUUUGACGAUAUUCGAUCGCGGACUCAAAAUGCACAGGAGGGGAGUUGGAGCCGGGGCGAUCGCCAAAAAGAAGCUUGCUGAGGCCAAAUAUAAAGAGAGGGGUACGGUUCUUGCAGAGGAUCAAAUCGUGCAGAUGUCCAAACAGCUGGAGACCUUCAAAACCCAUCUGGAGGAGUUUGCUAGCAAGCACAAACAGGAGAUCCGUAAAAGCGCGCAAUUCCGUGUGCAGUUCCAGGAAAUGUGUGCUGCCAUUGGGGUGGACCCGCUGGCUUCUGGAAAGGGCUUCUGGUCAGAGAUGCUGGGUGUGGGAGAUUUCUACUAUGAGCUGGGAGUGCAAAUCAUUGAAGUUUGCCUGGCUUUGAAGCACAGAAAUGGAGGUCUUAUUACCCUGGAUGAACUCCACCACAGAGUGCUAAAGGGAAGAGGGAAGUUUGCUCAGGAUGUGAGCCAGGAUGACCUGAUCAGGGCCAUUAAGAAGCUCAAAGCUAUGGGGAAUGGCUUUGGGAUGAUCCCGGUGGGUGGCUCCUACCUGGUCCAGUCAGUGCCGGCAGAGCUCAACAUGGACCACACGGUCGUUCUGCAGCUGGCUGAGAAGAAAGGCUACGUGACAGUGAGCGAGAUCAAGGAGGGCCUGAAGUGGGAGAAGGAGCGAACCUGCCAUGUGCUGGACCACCUCCUGAAAGAGGGCCUGGCCUGGCUGGACUCCCAGGCUGCUGGCGAGCCCCAGUACUGGUUGCCUGCUCUCUUUUCUGAGCUGUCCUCUCGUGAUGUCACACCGGAGGAGGCCAAUCAGAUGGUGCCUUGAGGAAGAGACAGGGGGAGGAAACUGGAGGGUCAGAAUGGUGCCAAUGGUGUUCCUCCUACCUCAGAAAUGGACAAAUCUAUCCCAACUUUGCGCAGGGAGUCACCUGCACAAAAUCAGCUGCAGUUCAAGAGUAAUAUGGGCCUACUGUGGAGAAGGAAACAAUGCAAACAGAACAAAGCCUUUUGGUUCCAAUGAAGAAGUUCCACUCUAGGGUUUGUUGCAUUUGUAUUUGUCAAUGAAAUCAAUAGGUUGUGAACAGUCUAUUUGGGUUCUUUUUUGCUUCGUGUCCCAUGUGCAUUUCUGUAAAGCCUGACGCAAUUCUAGUUGCUUAUUUAAUUCUACCAGUUAAACCACAGCCAUUACUUUUGGCUUGGUGCAAACAGGGCUAACCUGUCUAAAAAUGAUGUCUGGUGGUAAAGCUUUGAGAUGGAAGUUGCACAGAGGUACAGUAUACAAUGCAAAGGCUACCAUCUACAGCACAGAUAAAAGAGGAAGCAUGCACCUUCAGUAGUACCAACCCAGUGUGCUGUCUGGACCUCUCAAACAAAUUAAGAAGAUACAAAUCUGACACCUUCUAAAG